AUGUCAGAUAAAUCAGGAGGAUUUUUCUCAUCAGUGGGCCGCUUUUUUUCUGGCGGAAGUGCUAGUAAAAGCAACGAAGAGGAAAAGUCACCGUCUUCGAAGACCACCAGUUUUAGCGAAGGUGGAUCUUCACGAUCACCGUCAACAGCGGCUCCAGCAGCGUUACUCAGAGAUAUAAUCGAUGUCGACAAGAAUUCUUCUGAGGCUUUGGAUGAAGUUUCCGUGGAUACCACACAAAAUUCGCGGGUUGUCCCUCGCCUCCGUUAUUUGAGCCCAUCAGUUCUACCACAGCGUAGUAGCGAUCCCACUAACGGGUUAGAAAUUGACGUGGAUCCGGUCUCAGACAUUUUCUUCAGUACGCCAUCUGUUUCAACCAAUCGUAAACGUCAGUUGACAGAACUGGAUAGAAUCACUCUUCCACAGUCGUUUCGGAGUGACAGUGCCAAAAGAAGCCGAUAUCUGAACCGUUCGUUACUCGAACCAACUCUUAAGAGCACCCUGCCUAACGACAAGAAAUUGGACGUAUCUUGGUGUGGAGAGUUGACUGGGAAUCACUCACCAGCUUCCAGUGUAACCAACUUUUCGCUGUUGAGUCGCCGAAGUGGUGCAACAACAAACGGAUCGCUGAGUACAAGAACUCAAGAAAUUUUCAAGAAACUUGAAGGCGCGAACACCCCAGCAAAAGAAGUUCAACGAAUGUCAAUGAUGCGUGCUGGCCUUACACGUCCGGAAACAUGGAGUUCUACUGAUCGUAAGGAUCAUGAUACAUCCUCAGUAGCCACCCCACCACCACCACUCAAAAAGGCUGGAGAUUCUAUACCAUCCCGGAUUCAACUUAUUUCAAAGCAGGGAAUAUCUGCACGAAAAAAUCCUUACUGGACUGACUUGACUCGCAAGCGUACCACCUCGAAAAACGGGGACAAUGGAUCAUCAGAAACUAGCUCAUUGAGAUUGCUAAAUGGUACUCUUGCUUCAACAGAGUUGAGCUCAGUGUUCUCAUUAGAACCUCCAGCUCCGAAGAAAACCACCAGUUCAACAUCGACUGCUUCAACAACUACGAUUAACUCUUCAAAUAGCAGAAAACCACACGUUUCGAUAAUGAAAGGACCAGAUGGGAAAGCAGUUAGCCGAAACACUUUCAAGCUCAAUGAUGAUAUCGAAGAGGAUGAAGAAAAUUCGCAAAAACUGCCGCCUCUUUCGGACGAAGUUCUUUCGAACUCGAAGCCUCUGCAACUCAAUCCAGAAUUGGCACCAAAACGAGGAUUUCUGGACAAUCUUUCAUUCACUUUUAAUGCACCACUUGAUGUGGUCUCUGCAGUAGGAACAGCGAAAACUGUCAGUGUCGUAAGCUCUAACCGUACCUCAGAAUCUAAGGAAGUAGAUAGCGAUAGUGCCGAAUCAAUAGAGAAGCAGACUUCAGAGAGCAGUAGUCACGGAUCCGACUCGGGAGAAUCUGUUGAUUCUGAAAAUGAUGCUGAUGAAAAUGUAGACGAAGUUAAAGAGUCGAGGCCACAGACGUCGGCGGAUACCAUUUCAAGUGCCGAAGGUUCAAAUCCUUCUAACCAAAGCUCGAAAGACUCAUCUCCAAAAACAGCUAAAGAUGUAGAUCCUGUUGCUAUAGUUUCGACUGCCGCAUCAGCAAAAUGGGAAUGCCAAUCUUGUUUCUGCAGUUGGGAUCAGACGUUAACAAAAUGCGGUGCUUGUCAAGAACCUCGCGCUGGGGCUGGUGCUCCAGCUGCUCAAAAACCUGCUGAAAAGCAACUUGUUUCGAAUUUGAAGUCAUUCGCGCCUUCACAAUCUUCGAAUUUCAAGUUCGGAUUUGGAGGAUCUAGUUCUGUUCCAGCCACUUCUUCAAGUGUUCCUACCACAACAACUCCUAUUCAAUUCGGAUUACCAACAUCUACAACAGAAAAGUCGGCACCGGUUUCAUUCGGAUUACCAACAUCUACUACAGAAAAGUCGGCGCCGGUUUUAUUUGGAAUUCAAAAGCCAGCUACGAGCUCAGUCUCCCCAAUAGUUCCACCACCAGCAGCGGCAGUGCCUGCAACGUCGGAAGUGUCUACUGUGCAGCCGUCAGCCACAGAAAACCGUGUUGCGUGGGAUUGUCCAACUUGCAUGGUUCCCAACAAAGCCACAAAUGACAUAUGUGCUUGCUGUUCUCAUGUCAUGUACGCAUCCACAUCUUCAUCAAAUGUUUUCGGAAGUAGGGCCUUCAAACCUCUCGCAACUACUGGCUCUGCUGUUCAAUUUGGAGUUAGUGGUUCUUCAACUAAACCACCGGCAUUCGGUUUUGGCGCUAGCAAACCUGCAGAUGUCCUGUCAGCAGCACCAGCAUCUACUAUUCCGGCGACAACAGGUUUUGGUUUCACAGCAACAAAACCUGCAGUGAGUGCAGAGCCCGUUAAACCGGUCGGAUCAUUGUUUGGAAAUCUUGGAAAACCUGCUGAUUCAACUGCUACUACAACUCCGCCAACUGCAGUUGCAGCAACUUCUUCAACACCAUCUCUGUUCGGAAAUAAUGCAAAAAGCCUUUUCGGUGCAACAAAAACAGAACCAGACAAUGCUAACGCUACGAAGCCUAGUAUGUUCGGAUCUAUUUUGAACAAAGAAGCACCCACCACCACGACACCGGCUGUUUCAGCCCCUUCAACGUCUUUAACAUCAGCGUCGUCUACACUGUUUGGAAGUUCUUCAUUAAACACAUCGUUCGGCGGCACUUCACUUUUCGGCUCUCAAAAACCGAAUUCUGAAAUUCCAAAGCCAACACCAACUUUGUCGUUCGGAGCAGCAUCGUCAACAAGUACCAAUGAAGUUCCACAAAAGAGUCUUUUUGGAAACAUCCCAUCAACUUCGGCUCCAGCACCGGUGCUGCCAACUCCUUCUUCAACGACCAGUUUGUUUGGUUCAACAUCAUCUUCUUCAAAUUUGUUCACAACGAAACCAGCAGAUUCAACAACGUCUUCAAUAUUUGGUAAACCGAUCCAAUUUUCUGGAGAAGUUGGAACAACUACCACUGACGGAGGAGUUCCGGCCAAACGUGGGAUGUUUUCUACAGAUGCGCCGAAAUUAUCGUUCGGUGGUGAACAAAAAGUUGAAUUACCUAAGUUUGGCGGCUUCGGAGGUUCCUCAUCGUCUUCAACGGCUCCAAGCUCAAGUGGAUCUUUGUUCAGUGGUGGUUCCGCCCAGUUGUUCGGAACAUCGUCAAGCAAUGCUCCUGCAUUUGCAUCUUCUAGCUCUACCACUGUUCCUUCAUUCGGGGGCAGCUCCACCGUUCCAUUCGGUAGCUCAACGACGUCUUCAGGUUUUGGUGCAUUCGGUAGUAAACCAACUCAACCAGGAAUGUCUACGAGUUCAUCAACCAACUCUUUGUUUAGCCAACCCACGGCAGAUUCUUCAAAUCCGUUCGGUACCACAAACAGCAAUGGCUUCAAUUUCGGUGCUUCGAGUUCAACUUCUUCCACUGGUGGUCAAGCAGUUUUCCAAUUCGGAGGUGCUCCAGCUCCAGCCCCAAACGCAGCGCCAGGAGGAGCAUUCCAGUUUGGUAACAAUUUAGCGGCUCCAUCAGCUCCGGCACCUGGAAGCAUGGAUAAUGCAUUUGCCUAUCAAGCUCCAUCUGGCAACAACCCCCGAAAAAUGGCAUUGGCUCGUCGGCGCAACAUGCGGAAGUGA